AAGUUUAUUUAAUAAAGUUAUUUUGUUUUUUUGGUUUAUUGCAUUUUGCGUCUUUGUAAUAUAACCUGUACGUAUGGAACUUGGUAUUUAAAAAAUGGGGUGUUGAGGAAAAAUCUUGUUGUUUUUUUCAAGAGAUUUAAAGGUUAUACAAGCACUUCAAUCUCAUCCGCCAAUAAAUAUUUAGCCUUCAAUAGAAAAACGAGCUGUUAGGCGUCAUGCUGAAGAAGGGCCAAAAGGGAUCUGAAAGUUUAGCCUUUCCUAAGUAUCGAUAAAGAUCACAGCUUGUGAAUCCUGGAAAACGAUGGUAGUCUAGUCUACGGUUUCUUUGGAGAAGAUUCGUCAGUGAAGACCACUGCUGCGUUCUUUCUAUGGUCUCUGGUGUAUACUAGUAGUUCUAUGUUCCAUCUCUCCUCAAUGGUUACGAAACCACGCAGAAACUGCUUUUAAAGUGCAUUCGUUUCCUUGUUCAAAGACUACUUGAUCCAUAUUACUAAAUGAAAGUGACACACUCAAUCCCCGCCACUGGAUUGCAAAUGCCUGCGAACCAUUUAAACUUACGUGCUCGCUGGUAUACGUGAUAUGUAUGAUUGCGUACACUUGACUUAAUGCGUACAGUUUCACUUAUUGAUUGGCAAGGGACUUGAUGUGUCUACGCAAGUCUGCCCAUGUAAGAGUCCAUUCAAGAUUAUUGACAUUUUACACGCGCAAAAAUUUUCUAAUACCAUUAAAAUGUUCAAAGCUUAUGGCAAGAAUAUUUUACUGUAGCGACACUAAAAACACAUUUUGUGUCUUCGUUAACCUUUGCUGACUGUGUUGAGGGAUUUCCUCUAGUUGGAUAGUUAUAUAAUACUUCGCAGUGGUAUGAGUGAUAUGGUAUGUCUUUAAGACUAACAGAAUUGUAGAAAUAUUGAAUAAUUUGGCAAAAUCUCCGAAUGGCUGUUGAAUAUUUUUAGAAGCCUUAUUGCUUUAGAGUUCAGACGGAAGCUUGAUAUGGCUUUCGAAGAAAGUUGAAACAAUUACGAAGUAUCAGUUACACACCUAAGGCAUUUUGCUGUGCCGUUCUCUGUCAGUAAAAUGUUUUACGAAUACAUCAAUCGGAGCCGAACUAUUUUUAAAGACGCUGGCCCAAGGGUUCGGUUUAAUAAUAGCGAUGGUAUAGGUUAACCUAUAUUGACUUAAAACUCAUCAUAGAACUAAAAAUUCUGGAAACCGUACAGUGUAAAAUUCCAUUUAAUAGCUAGUGCAACAAUAUUAAUAACAAUAUUAAUUUCGUCUAUAUUUUUAAUUUUGGAAUAUAAGAUGAGUUAAAGUUGUUAUCAAAGUAUUAGAAACCAUUUCCCAAAUAAUUUAAGGAAUUGCGCCGAGUUAACAAACCACGGCUCGAUAAAAAUCCAGGUCCGCGCUAAUUACUUAGAACCGACUGCCGUGGGAACGACUUUAUAGGUAAUCGUCUUUUCGCAAGCUGAAAAUAGUUCAAAAAGGUGCUUUGAAAAAGUUUGCCAGAAAUAUUGUUUAAGCUUUAUAUUCCUGUUUUUUUUUUUAACUUUGAAGUCAGGUAUAGUCUUAGCUUCCAGUUAGGUUUCAAUUCAAAAUUCAGUUUGUGAAAUUCCAAGAUCCAGUACAAAAAAUUGACUGCUUUUGGAUUUAUGGAACCUUGGCUAAGCGGGUAAAAAUCCAUAAUUUUCUAGUAACAAUAUUGCACUUUCAAAAAUGCAGAACAGUUUCUUCUACGAUAAUUUUACCAUUUUACUCAAACUUUCACAAAUAGAAGAUUAAUAGAGAAGGGGUCUUAAAUGAACUCUGUUUAAAUGAUAUAUUUUUGUACUCUGUUUAGGGUGUAUAUACUAAGUUGGCAUCGGACACCCUAGUCGCUUAGAUUUUGAGAUAUCGAUCUAUUGUAAGGGAUCUCUUGUAUUUGUGAAUGUAUUAAAGUUUCGGCGCAAACGCAGUUAAUAUGUUUUCUUGUUAUUACCUAACCUUGGAAAAACUUCAUGAAACCGUAUAGCAAAGUCAGAAGGCUUAAAAUAUACAACAAUACUGUUAUAUGAUAUUAAAUUAGCUGCAACUACUAUAACAUUACGGUAGGUCAUAUAAAAGCUCAAUGUGUAUACAUACGUAUUUGUUUUUAAAUUUUGCGAAUAAUUAAUCGACAUAUAUAUUAUAUAUAAUAUAUUUAUUAGGCCCCCUUAAGCACUUACUGGUGUAAUUAAUUAUCAAUUAUAGCACCUAUAAAUAGUUACUCAUCCCAAACUCAUACAAACAUUUACUCCUCUCGCGCAUUGCUGAGCUAAUUUGUAUGCACUAUCACCGAUCGACGCUCAGCGUCGGUGUAGCUGUACAUUUGAGUCUUAUACUUUAAAAACUAAUUAACGGUGAUAAUUACUGCUGAUCAUUGCUUUAAUGUAAACAUUACAUAGCCAUGUUAUAAGUAUAUACAUAAUUAAGUAUAUAUUUCAUAGACAUUGGCUUUAAAAAUGAGCGACAAACAAUCGCCGUAGUUUAGUCGUUGCAUUUGCUUCGAGAAAAGCGUACACGAAGUAAACAAAAUGCAUUGCGGUAUAUUUUGGCUAUGCGCAGGGUUGCUAUUACUUGCUGGUGGGCAGCUAACAGAGGCCGGGACGUCAACUGCCAUUUAUCACGACGAUGCGCAUCCCGGCAAGUGCACGCUCGGUGAGAAAGAUAUCCUCUCACCAGGUGAAACGACGAUAACAGCGAACAUUUGUGCGCGAAUUUCUUGUGAAAAUGAAGAGGGUCUUGUGGGACUUGUUGGUUGUAUUCCCCAGGUGCCGAAAGAAGGCUGCGUGUGGGGCAUUGCUAAGGAUAGGAGGGCGCCAUAUCCAGAAUGUUGUGAACGCUACCAGAUCUGCUCCUAGAAAAUGAAGUAACAACGACGGUAUAAUGUUUAUAUUCAGUUAUUCAAAUGUAAAGUUUAUUAAAUAAAGUGCUUUUAUUUUUCUGGUUUAUUGCA